GCCAGGAGAAACGGGUGUUGGCUGUAAACGCGCAAAUGGCAACGCUUGAAUUCGCCAGCUGAGAAUGACGAGUCAAUGAAUUAAGUUUCCGUAAUUUCUAGUGAAUUGUUUAUGUAAACAAAGUUAAAAUCAGUUUUCCAUUACUCUCUGUUUUGUACACUUUUUAGAGUGUCGUGAACUACUAUGGCCGAGGUGUGAUGGAAUGCCAGUUCUCAUCAUUCUGUCAAUCCAACAUGAUUCGAAAGGAUCCCAUUUUCAAAACUCUAAUGCUGUCUCGUAAAGGGACAGUUGAGAGACCAGCUGAUGUGAAUGAUCCACUUCGUUUUUCUGGUGAUGGAGUAACAUUUCGUGCCAAGCUAAUAGGUGUCUUGGAGGUGAAUGCCCCUAGAGGAGACAGACUUUGUCAAGAGGCACUUGGAGAACUGAAAAUGGCUAUUAAGGCUGCUGGGGAACAUAAGCAAAGAAUCAUUAUAUGUAUAGCCUUAGAUGGGCUCAGGUUGAGGGACGAGCGCACUGGGGACUGCCUCUACCAUCAUGCUGUCCACAAGAUAUCAUUCAUCGCCCAAGACAUGGCAGAUCCUCGGGCGUUCGGUUACAUUUUCGGAUCUCCCGAUCAGGGUCAUCGCUUCUUUGGAAUCAAAACUGAUAAACAUGCAAAUUUGGUCGUGGUGGCGAUGCGAGACCUAUUUCAAGUUGUUUACGACUUAAAGAAAAAGGACGUAGAAAAGAACAAGCAAUAUUCGUUUGAUGGCAGCGGGAAUAAAACGAAUGGUGUGCAGCAUUUAUCUGAUUCCAUGGAUAGCUUAGAUCAGAUGUUGGCAUUGGGUAGCCAUUUGAAUGGCGGUCGAUCUGAAAUGUCGGCUAUUCAGACAGCCGAUUUGUUGAAUCUUCACGCUGAAGAAAAAUCAAGUGGCUCUUUCGAUCCUUUUGUUACAUCAUUCACGCCAACAACAGUGUCAAAUUCAGCCACUAAAUCAACCACAGUGGCCCCAUUGUUGUCAGUGCCCCCAGCUCUCCCUCCCCCACCAUCAGCAAUAGGGAAUCUUUCUUGUGGCAUGGCGAACGUCUCUCAACCAGAGCUAAAGGCAAACGUUUCUGAAAACUUUAGUGACUCGUUCGUCUCUCUUGUACCACCACUUCAACUCACGCCAUUAGUUCCUCCACCAACCAAGUCACCGAAAGUCAAAGCUAGUAGCUCCACUGUGUCACACUAUUCUACUAUUCGGCCUAGGAAGAAGUCUGGCAACGACAAAGACCCAAUGCCGGCGCCAAUCAAUCAUCCACAGCAGAAAUGUCUAUCUUCGGAAAUGCCCACCAUCGUUAACGCCUUACCUCCACCGUCAUCCGCCAAGCUUUCAACUCUGCAUGUACGCAAGAUAACGGGCGAAAAGACCACCAGCUUAAAUUUGGCUGCCACUUUACCACGACCAACCAGCGCUAAUUCAAGUACCAACUCGUCACCUAGGAUCGUUGAUUGUUUUGAUAGCCAGCCUUUUGCAGCAAGUUUUUCCGUAGAACCGGCACCAACUGCACCGACAGAUCAUGUGGAUGUUUUUACUGAGUUGGAUCCACUAGGAACGGGACGCAGUAGACCCUAUGUCGACAAGAAAGACUUUUUUCAAGAUCUAAAAAAGACGUCAUUAGGAUCCAAAAGAUUGCUCAAACAAUUGAGCACGUCGCAAGUUGAGACUAUCGACCAACAACAUGCUAAAGAUUGGCAUGCACAGUUGUCAGAAGAUCCAUUUGGAAGCUUACACUUUGCCCCCAUGCCCGAGGCCGACCCUUUUGAUACUCAGUUUGCCUCCAUGGCUCCACCGCUUUUUUCUGCUCCGUUUCAUUCAUCGUUAUUAGUUGAGUCUUCGUCUCCACCCAUCCCCACUUCCUCCAGUAGCUAUUCGAAGGUCUCUAAAGCAAUAAAUCCCAUAUCCCCUCGUCCAAGGAACAGUGCAUCCUCUAUCACGAAUACGCCCUUGCGAGUUUCAACGGCAAAGUCCAGUCCUUCCCGUUAUCCUCGAGGAACACUUCGGGUGACUCUGCCUAUCAGGCAAAGUCAGUCGGAUAGUGACAAUGAGAUGAAUAACGUGACCCCUCAAAUACCAUCCUCGCCGAAUCAAGCUCGGCGUAAUCAACACACCACCAACCCACACGCCAUCAAUGACGCCACUUCACUCAGCAGUUUAAGUUGGUCACCACGAGGUCCGAACACACAGCGACCAAGUCAACUUGGGUCUGUUCAUCAUAUGGGUACUGAAGUUACAACCGUAAGUGGAGCGGAAGACUCGCCUCUUCCACCUUUAGAUUUGUCGUCAAGUGAAGAUGAUUCAUCGUCCAGUUCUGUUGAAGAUGAACAGUUACAAAGAGAACAUUUGCAACUGCAACAUUCGCCGAAACAACAUUUGCAGUCAUUGCAGCAAGAAUCUGUUUCGGGCUUGGCAAUAUUACCAAUGCCUCCACAGCCACCUCCUCGUCCGCCUGUUCUCCGGCCGCCACCAUUGCCUCCCAAAGGACAACCGCCACUUAUACCACAGCGACCAGUUGUAACCCCUACUGAUGAACUCAUUUAUAGUGGGCAACAAACGCCACCGCUUCCGAUUCCCGUUCGGAAACCAAAACAACCGUUGUCAGUAUCUAGUUCCCUCUCUAGAGGACAGAAUGUCACUCGUCACCUUUCUCGAGAAGAUGGAGAGGAAUCGCAUCGUCCAGUCAAACCGAUUCAGUCGAAACUAAAUCAAAUAUCCCUAUUGCAACUGUCUAACAUGUCCUUGGCUGAGUUAGCGGAUACCCUUCAGCUGCCACCUGCGCGACUAACCAGCAUGACUUUGACAGAAUUAGCCCUGCGACUGGCAGAGUUAAAUAAGAUGACAAAAGAAGAAGUCAAAGUUGAAAAUAAGAAAACACGCCAUUCCGAAAAGAAAUUCCCGCCAUCGCAUCCUUACUUCCCGACAACUGGAGGAGAAGAGGAGGAGGAAGAAGAAGAAGACAAUGAAGAAGAGGAAGACGAAGAGGAGGAAGAAGAGGAAGAAGAAGAAGAGGAGGAGGAGGAAGAAGAAGAAGAACCAGAGCCCGUUGAAGUAAAAGUAGAUGAAACGGAAAUCUGUUAUAAAGGUGGUAAAAAGUACGAAAUACUCAGCGAUGCUCCCGAACCAGAGGAUGAUUCUGCUACUCGACACGCUAAAGCGCCUCAACCGACGAAUACUCAAACAGAAGCUCGUCCAUCUGAAAUCUCAAAGGUGUCUGAUAGCGACCGAUACGCUGCUCUUAGAGAGAUAAUGGAACAAGAUUUGGCUGUGUCAUCCACCGCUCAACAGGAUGAGGAAAUGGGAAAUGGUGAUUCCGAAUUUGCAAAUUUUGAUGAAGUCACACAAGUGCUUGCAUACUCAGCAACACAAGAAGCCGGAUUUCUGUAUGGCAACCCCCCAGUCGCGUCCGUCGGUAAAACAGUUUCCCCUAUUUUCGGAUUUGAAGAUGAUUUUAGCCACAUCCAGUUGAAUCGAUUGACUGAAUCGCCAUAUGAUAAGACUGGUGCCCGACCCAAGACUGCGGUGCAAUGUCAUCCUAGCGGAAAUUCUGUAUCUUCCGGAAGUGCCGAAUUUGAUCACUUUGCCGAGGAGGACUCGGCAGUAAAAUCAGCAGCAACUCACACCGUUUGGAAUGGUUCGACACAGAAAGAUUACAAUUUUUCUGAAACGCCUGCAGAUGAAGAGGAGGAGGAAGAUGAAUCAGAAAGAAUAGAAGUCAUCGAGAAAGAAGAUAACGAAGCCAUUGAUGAUUUGGCUGACAAGUUUGCUGCUUUUGAAGCACGCUUCCCUGCCAACCCAGUUGAAGGAUUUGGUGAUUCGUUUGCAGAUUUUGACCUUUCCUCAGAUAAAAUGGUUACCGAACCAAAUAUUCCACCCGUUUCAGAUUCGUUUGCUGUCGAUUUUAGUUCAGCUUUUAGUGAGGCUAAGGAUCCGGAUCAUCAGCUAAAGACCAAAGGAGAUCAGUUGGUCAAGAAAUCGACAUCAGUAAACAUCUUUUCACGAGUAGACGAUCCCUUUGAUGACGACUUCUUCCAACCGGAUCUGCCUCCAGCUAAAGCUUCUUCCCCUGCACCUUCUAAUUCUCAAAUGGUUAAACAACCAUCUGUUCAUGUUUUUAAUACGAUCGUCGAAGACCCUUUUGCGUGGGUUCAACCCUUCGACGAUAACAUUCAAUUUGAUGACGUUGACGAUGAAUUUACUCUUUAAAACUAUCAUUUAAAAAGUCGGAACCUUGUCUAUUGCGGAUUGACGUACUAUCUUUUCUCUUGCGCUAAAAAUUUCUUUGUCGUUUCUGCCAUCCCCUGUCCCCAACAAUAACAAAAAAGAAAGCAUCCAAGUAACAUUUUCUGUCAUAUCUGUAUUUAUGACCAGUCAUGGAAAGUGGACCUGAAAGUGUGGCAGAAUAAUAGUUCACCAAAUCUCUUGGUGCAUCUUUGUUGAUGCCAAAUGAUGUCAAUUGGCAUAGAAAAUGUGACGGGCUAGUCAUCUUAUUUUUUAUUUGUGAUUGUAUUUUCGUUUCGUAGCCACUUACCAUUUUACCCUUCUUUUAAUUUUUUUAAUUUUUUUUGCUGAACAUGAAUCAAGGACUCAAUAUUGUUUCUUUUUCUCGCUUUUUUUUGCUCUACCCAAGUACCCAUACACAGCCUCCACUUGUUUUCGCUAUUUGGCAGUUACUCCCUUCGUCAAACAUGAUCAUAGUUUACAGCAAUUUUCCUUUGAUUCCUGGAAUCAAAACACGAUCCAUCGUGUAUCUUUUAUUCUAUGUACCUUUUUCAUUUCCAGCGGUAAUGCAUUAUUAAACGUUUUAGUAUGAAAA